GUUGGGCGGAGUCCAACACGCUCAAGGGGUUGAACUCCGCCCAACUAAGGCCACACUUCACUCACUUCUUUUCUCUUGAAGGAGGCUAGCUAGCUCAAGCAGACAAAUUAAAUGGCAUCACUUAAACCAGUUUGCAAAUAUGGGUCCUCCUGCUACCGCAAGAACCCUCAUCAUCUGAGUCAGUACUGUCAUGUUGGGAGUGAGCUCGAGACAGCGAGCUCCAGUGAAAAGAAGAGAAGCCGACGCACUGAUGAGGAGCAGUCCUCUCCGGUAGACGAGAUUACAGAUUGUGAUAAGUGCGUUACCAAUAGCGGAGACACGCCCCUUACAAAGCGGUCCAAACUAUGUGAUGACUUGCCUAAGGAGAUUGAGCCAGUGAGUGCAUCAACUAACAGUGGUUCCCAAGACAACGAGGAACUGACCAAUGAGAGCAGUGAUGUGACAGUGAGGGAGAACAUUAAGAGGCAGUUUCUGGUUGGCAUGCCAGAGGAUUUCUAUCAGCUUUGGGAGUUCUGCAAGUCUCUUCACCCCUCUCAACCUGAAGGUGUAUUGAAACCGUCUCUUGGUCUUGAAUUGGUUGGACCAUACCACGUCCUUGGGGGGAGACUGAUGGGGGUACCAUGGGAAAAGUGUGUACUGCACUAUCGUUUCCUCUACGACCCCCCAGAAUUUCAGACUGUUAUGAUAAAGAGUGGUACAAAUACUGACGGAUAUCACAUUGGAUAUUUCAGAGACGACCCUAAGAGCACCCAGUGUCUGGUAGUGUCCAACUGUGCUGAGAAAGGCUGUGACAUUGCUAUAGAGGGGGACAGCUUAUUCAGUGCUUUAAGGUAUCAACUCGCAGAUGCACUCAAGCACAAGAGGCUAUCAUCAGCCAAGAAGACAUUACUUCAAGAUCUAAGCUCCAAACUCAGAGCAUUCAUGGCAAAGUCGGCUAUUCCUGAACUCACUCCCUCCGUGAAUGACCUCUGGAAGCAAAGAAACAAACAAAUUGUGGCCAGUUGCUUUCACAAGAUCGGGAUUGUAGUCCCAUACAACAAGAAGACUGAGUUAGGAUACCGCCCCCUAACAAUGACAGAUCGUGAACUGAAGAGGCUGCUCAACAAGAUAGCUAACUGUUCGGACGAAGGUGCAAGAGAUAAGCUCUCUGAGCCACUACAAGAGAUUGUGACAUAUGUACAGUUUGCUAACGAUGAAUGUGAUUAUGGAAUGGGCCUCGAACUUGGAUUGGACCUGUUUUUCCAUGGCAACCAGUACUUUCACACUCUGAUUGGUCAUUUGCUACCUGUAGCUUACGAUCUGCUACAAAGAGAACAGUUUGGUAGAAUUUCCACUGAACAUUUGAAGCAAAGGAGCCAACUAUUAGAUUGUACUCUGUAAUGUUUACUCUUAAUUGUUGCUAUACAAUCAUGUAUAUACACUUAAUUAUAUUAUAUGGCGUUAUUUUCAA